UACUGAACUCAGACAGUGUUUGUGUGUGAGGUUACAGAUCCGAUCAGAGAGAUGGCAGAAACCGCUCCAGCUGUCAAAUCGCCCAAGAAGAAAUCUGCAGCUAAACCCAAGAAAACGGGUCCAAGCGUCGGUGAUCUCAUCGUCAAAGCUGUGUCCGCAUCCAAGGAGAGGAGCGGCGUGUCUCUCGCCGCCCUGAAGAAAGCUCUCGCCGCCGGUGGAUACGAUGUGGAGAAGAAGAACUCCCGCGUCAAACUCGCCAUCAAGAGUCUGGUGACUAAAGGGACUCUGAUCCAGACCAAAGGAACCGGCGCCUCCGGCUCAUUCAAGAUCAACAAGAAUCAAGCCGAGAGCAAGAAGAAACCCGUGAAGAAAGCCGCUCCUAAAGUCAAGAAACCCGCUGCUGCCAAGAAGCCCAAGAGUGCCGCGACAAAGAAACCCGCCGCUAAGAAAUCCCCCAAGAAGGUGAAGAAACCCGCAGCCGCUAAGAAGGCACCGAAGAGCCCCAAGAAGGCAUCGAAGAGCCCCAAGAAGACAAAGUCAGCAACCCCCAAGAAAGCAGCAAAGAGUCCCAAAAAGACCAAAGCUGCCAAACCCAAAUCGGCAAAGACUAAAGCAGCCAAACCUAAAAAGGCAGCCCCCAAAAAGAAGUAAAUAGACUCAUUACAGAGU